AUGACCGGACUUGUGCUCCUUGAGUACAGCCCUCCAACAACUUCCUCCGCCAUCCAACACUCAGCAAACAAUUAUCCACACGGAAUCAAAGUCAUCUCCAUCUUCACCGGGCUCUUCCUGGCGUGUCUCUGCGUCGGACUUCUGUAUGCCGAGUUCGGCCUCAAGUGGAUCUUCCUGACCGCCCUGUUGAUCUUCGAAGCUGGUUCAAUCGUUUGUGCCGCUGCCCCGAACUCGCCUGUCCUCAUCGUGGGUCGCGCCAUUGCUGGAUUGGGUGCAGCCGGGGUUGCGAUCGGGGCCUUGACCGACAGGCCAAAGUACACUGGAGCUAUAGGCGCGGCGAUGGGUGUUGCUCAGGUGGUUGGUCCUACUCUUGGAGCCUUCACCGAUGUGGCUAACAUUUCCCAAGGGUGGUGUUUCUGGAUCAACCUGCCCCUCGGAGGUGUCACGCUUGUCACCGUUGCCCUUUUCCUGAAUAUCCCCGCAAGGACGAAAACUGGUAACCCCGCCAGCAUCAUGCAAGUGCUCCAGAAGUUCGACUUGCUCGGCACGGUCUUCCUCAUGCCGGCGAUAACCUGCCUGCUGCUGGCGCUCCAGUGGGGUGGGAGUCAGCAUCCCUGGAACAGCUGGAGGAUUAUUUUGCUGCUCUGCGUGUUCGGUGUCUGCUUCGUCGUCUGGGGGUUCAUCCAGGUCUGUCAAGGGGACACCGUAACGGUGCCUCUGCGCAUUGUGGCCCAGCGGUCGAUAGCUUGUGCCCUGUGGUACAUGUUCUGUCUCAUGGGGAUGCUCUUCACGCUUGUCUACUAUGUUCCCAUCUGGUUCCAGGCGGUUCUGAACGUCUCGGCUCAGCAAUCUGGGAUUAACAACCUCGCUAACACUGUUGCAACCGCCAUCAUGGCUAUCAGCGCUGGGUUUAUCACGAGUAAAAUCGGCUAUUACGUGCCUUUGAUGAUUACCGGUACGAUACUAAGCUCCGUCGCAACCGGACUCAUCUCCAGAUUCUCCCUCAACACGAGCACCGGAUACUGGCUCGCCUCCCUCAUUCUCCUCGGCCUAGGCGUCGGCGCCGGCGCCCAGCAGUCCCUCAUGGUCCCGCAGACGGUCCUCUCCGGCGCCGACGUCGCCCUCGGCACAUCGGCAAUGGUAUUCAUGCAGACCAUCUCCGGAACGGUGUUCCUCUCCGUCAGCGGCAACGACUUCCAGGACCGUCUGAGGGCCGAGCUGGCGGCGCGCGUGCCGGACGUCGACCCCGGCGUAGUUGUUCGCAGCGGGGCGUCGCGCCUGAGGGAGGCUAUGGGGAGGGUCUAUCCGGAUGAUGUCGAGGGGAUACUGGCGGCGUAUGCGGCGGCUCUGCAGAGGGUGUUUCUGAUCUCGGUGGUGCUUGCGUGUCUGAGCGUGUUUGGGUCGGCGUUUUGUGAGUGGAAGAGUAUCAAGAAAGACAAGAAGGAUGUUUCUAGUCAGGUAAAGGGCGCGGAGGAUAAAGCGGAGAAUAAAUAG